CUCGUCAGAAGAAUUAGAAGAAUCACUCUCAUCGCUCUGCACAUCGUUGCCGUUAGCACUCGAACCUCUGAAAUGGCAUUGAUUAUCGUGUGUUCCUCCGUCGUCCACUCCCCCUUCCACGGCGAAACUUGCUCCUUUGUGACUAGGGCUAGUACUGGCGCCAAAGGGCCACAUGCUGGGGAAACUGGCACGUCCAAUGCCCAGGGGUGUGGUAGUGUUUGUGUUGGUGCUUGAAGAUAUCGCAGGGGGAGUACCCACAUUCACGUUCUUGCCCUUAUCCUCCCCUAUCUCUCCACCACCAGGUAAUCCCCUCGCACCAACCUCAACAUCCAGGUCUCCGAUCGAGAAAUCCCGCUCAUUUUCAUCCUCGUUCCCAGAGUCGUCGUCCUCCUCCGUUGCAAAGGGGUUCAAGUUCUUCCGAUGUUGCUGCUCGGCUUUAUCGCCGUUCUCACUACCGGUUGGUAUGGGUUCGGAUGCAUUUUGCUUCGAGUGCAGCGCCAGUCGAGCAGCUAGUUGUCUUCGGGCUCGCGAGGGCGGAAUAUUCAAGGGAGGAGGUGGUGGCGGUGGCGCCGAAGGCGGUUCAAGGUCUGAGGCUGAGGUGGAGCUUGUUGCGACAGUUGUUGAGGGUGUUGAGAUAUAGCGGGAAAACUAGGGGUUGAAAAUUAGUCCACG